CGUACAGGCUUGCUAGCGUUCUGACCAAUACGCGUGACAAAUAUAAGCAAAUAUUCUAGAGAAAAAAUGAUAAAAUUGAGUUAAAAGUUUGUGUGUUUGCGUGAGAGAUGAUUUUUCGUCAUCUUCUCAUCAAUGCCGCAUCCUGCGCAGCUCUAAUUGUCGUUGGAUUUAUUUUCCGCGAUACUGAGUGCGCCUUGCAGCAGCACUACAGUCGCGGCCAAGCAUCAAGCCGUCUCGUCCAACCGUCUACUGUUGAUCCGUUGGAAGCGACUUCGGGUGCCCUCGGUCAUUCAAGGCUCACUCAAACGCAAGGAAUAAGUCAACUUGUGAGGGGGAAAAAGAAUUAUCUCUCAACCACCGGCCACCGUGUGCAGGCUCAUGAAUGGGAGGACGCUGGAGACAGAUGGAAGAUGGAAAUGUUGAAACUUUUGUGGCCCGAAAUCUCGUUCACGAAUGGAACAACCCAUUCCCGUUCAAACGAAACCACUAAUUCACUGCUUUCCGGAAAUGUUUCUUCAGAUAUCAAGAUGGGACGUAAACCUUCACUUUCUAAACUUGAUGCGCUUAACAUUUUUGUACCUUCCAUACCAGACCAGAUGCCAAGAGUGAAUCGAAUUCUAUUCCCCAGUUCCUUUUCUACUUAUAGUCCGAGUUUUAUCGAGGUGGCUAAAUUCUUUAGAAGCCCUUUUGGCUCAUCUGAACAAAAUUUUAUUGAUUCUUCAUUACUACCAGCCGAACACCGUUCUCUGAAAAAUGCACAGCCACAUUCGACUGCUCUUAACAACAAUAUUCUAGAUGCUGAUUUUCUAUCAGGACUUGGGACAUCGCCUCAAGAAUCUCUUGAAAAUCCACCGUUUUUGGCCAACAGUAAUGACAAUCCAUCAAUAAGAGUUAAUGCUUCUUCCAUCGCACAUCUGCUAAACAUCCUAGAGAACCCUGAAGAAAUUGAAUCGCUCGAACAUUCACCUUCCGAUAACACUUCUUUUGCUUCGGAUCCAACGAGAAAUAAUUUUAGACCAACUCCAGUUCCACCAGUCAUAAAUAACUUGAAUAGUAUCCCAAGAAAAGACAUAGAAAACGAUAUUUCGGUGUUCAGAGAAAAUGUUACUCGCUUGAAAGAGUACCCUAGUGCGGUUGACGCCUUUACAACUAUCCUGAAAAAUUUGGGAUUGGCUUUGGACGUGGCAAACCCAGAAUUUGACGUAUUCAAUCCAAGAACUCCAUUAGCUUUCCAAACUGAAGUUGGAGCAAAAUGCAUAACUUCUGACGCAAAGGAAGUGCAGGGCGUGUGUUUGCCACUAGAAGAAUGUCCAGCACUUCAACCCUUCGCUGCUCAGACAGAGCAUCUUCACGCGACGGUCUACCUCUACAGCAACAUUUGCCGAUUCCAGACGCGGAAAGCGUAUUACUGCUGCCCGCUGUACACCUUCAGCUCGGCCUUGCCAGGCAAGAUAAGAAGCAUCGUCCCUCCUCCCCAGAAGUCGCCCGUGAAGACAGACAUCCCCGGGCCUGACGAGUGCGGCCGCGUCAAGACGAGGCACGGCAAAGUGACCGGCGGCGACCAAGUCAAGGACGGCGACUGGCCGUGGCUGGCAGCGCUGGGUACCCCCGAGUCCGAGACUGGGUUCCGUCUCACCUGCUCAGGCGCGCUCGUCACCAGACGUCACGUCCUGUCCGCCGCGCACUGCUUCUACACUGCAGCGCUCCUAGCGCCAUCGCAUGUUCGACUUGGUGACACUGACUUGCGACACAACAGUCUGCCUUUACACCGCGACUAUGUCAUCAUCGCACGCAACUUCCCGCAGUAUCACAAGCAUAUCAGCAUCAACGACAUCGUAAUCCUAACCCUCGAUAGAGACGUUCUCUUUGAUGAGUUUGUGGGGCCAGGCUGUCUGCCAUACGACUUGCUACGCUCACCUGCACCUGGAGACAACGUCACGGCCGUGGGCUUCGGCCGGCAAUCCAGCAGAUUCCCCUUGACAUCAUCUUCCCCCAACGCGAUUGAGCUGCGCGUGCUUGAGAACUCCUUCUGCCAGCAAGCGUAUUACUCAUCGCGGUCCUUCCCUGUGAUCGACCACCGCACCUUUUGUGCCGGCGGCAGACCAGACCAAGGAACGUGCGAAGGCGACAGUGGAGGACCGCUUCACAUGUACGACGCGGCGCUAGAUCGUCACGUGGUCGUGGGGCUGGUGAAGGGCGGCGGCGGUUGUGGCGUCGCUGAUUUGCCGUCCGUCAACACGCGCCUUGUGCCCUUCUUGCCCUGGAUAGAAACUGUCAUCAAGCAACGGAACAAAGUUCAGCAGUGACAGAAUAUGAGAAU